UUUUUUUUAAAAACGUUUGUACAAUGCCGUAUAGCUAUACAUAUAACUGUGAUACCGGCUAUUUGGAGGGUAUUAUUCGUGGCUAUAAGAACGGCAUGCUGAGGCAAUCCGACUAUUUGAAUCUCACGCAGUGUGAAACUCUAGAGGACUUGAAGUUGAACAUCCAAAGCACCGAAUAUGGUAAUAUUUUUGCGUUUGAUAAGACGCCUAUUUUAAUUGAAAACUUUGAGAAACGUUUGCGACAAAAGCUCGUGAGACAAUUUUCUUACAUUCGGUCCAACUCCACCGAGCCGUUAUCCACGUUCUUGGACUAUAUGCGCUACAAACAUAUGAUCGAUAAUGUAGUUUUGCUUAUUUCGGGCUUGAACAACAACCGACCAAUGAAGAAAUUAAUUACAAUGUGUCAUCCUUUGGGCUUGUUUGAUCAAUUGGAGGCAAUUGAAGUGGCCAGCAACACAAAUGAGCUAUUCAGCGCAGUACUGAUCGAUACACCCUUGGCGAAAUUUUUAUCGGAUAAAAUCGAUGAGGAGGAUUUCCGAGACAUCAACGUCGAGAUUAUCCGCAAUAUUCUGUACAAGGCAUAUUUGGAGGACUUCUAUAAGUUUUGCAAAAGUCUUGGUGGUACCACCGCCGAUGUUAUGUGCGACCUCUUGGGCUUUGAGGCGGAUCGCCGCUCCAUCAUCAUUACAAUCAACUCAAUAGACACAGACUUGUUGCCUGAGGAUCGUACCAAGCUCUUUCCCAGUUUAGGACAACUUUAUCCGGCUGGUCUAAGAGAACUAGAAAAGGUAACUGAUAUUGAUGGAGUGCGCACAGUGGCCAGUUAUUUCAUGGACUAUUCAGGAUUAUUUGAUAGCAUGGAGAAGGACACAGACGGAUUAAUUUCGCUUGAAGACCGCUUCCUCAUGCUCGAAGCCAAGAAGCAUGUGCAGUCCUACAUGCGACAAUUUCAUUAUGGUGUCUUCUAUUCCUAUAUCAAACUCAAAGAAAUGGAGUGCCGCAACAUCAUCUGGAUAGCUGAGUGCAUCUACCAAGGUCAAAUGGAUAAAGUUAAUGCAUACAUACCAAUACCUUUCGAGUGAUGCGAUUCAAUUGUCACUGGCUUUUCGAAUAUCACUACAAUAAAAAUAUAACUAAUUUGUGUUAGUCAAA